ACUGUAACAGUGGUCUCAGCGCCGAUUGGCUGAUCUUACGGGUUGUAGAGUCUGGCAAAGUGUCGAACUGAGGACUGAAGUGAAGAGGAAGUACUUUUCAAAAUGAAAAUAUAAGAAGUGAUACCUCAACUUUCAAAGGGCGAGCAGAGGGAGGAGGUAAGUAGACUUGUCUGUGUUUUUAAUAGAGGGGGAAGCAUUUCUAUCAUAAACUGCAUCGCCUGUCUACAUGGACGGAUAACGUUACUUGUUAAUCCUUGAGCAGUUGAAGACAGUACGGGAGAGAGCUGCUGCUGCUCUGCCGAUGCUUAACAUGCUUCAUGACAGACAGCCCAUCGUUUAUUUUUUUCUCUUUUUGAUAAACAGAGGCAUCUGUUAGCGGAAUAUCUAUCCAUUUACUCAUUUUACGAGCCUUACCAGUGUGAUAAACAGGCAUUUAUUCUGCCCAGUGGUUUCAAGUGUUAGCUAACGUCAGUGUUGCACUUGACUUCACAGCGGUUUAAUCGCUGUUUACUUUAAAUAAAAAUGCGACUGCGCCUCUCGGUUAAUUCUUCAAGGUGUUAAGUGACUGCUCUGUCCAGAAAACAUGCUUAACACACAGUUUUAGUCUUUCUUGUACUUAUAUACCGCCUCUGAGCUCAUAACGUUGACCAUCUUACUGUAUGACAUCACGGAAGCUACUAGUGGUCAAGCUAGCAAAAUUAGCCACACAGUAUAUCCGGUGGGAAACUUUACCAAUAGAAUAUGAAUGAAUUAACCCCGGUUUUAAAAUAUGUUUGGUUUUAGGUGGAUUUAACAACUCGGAUUUUACAGACAAUGUUAAAUGAAAGCGUUGUUCCUACCUUAAAGUCGUUGCGCUCAAUUAAGAGAUGUCCAGUAGUUUCCGGUCUCGUGCCGUAUGUCUGUGAGGUGAUUGACAGAUGGGAGGGCGCCAUAAGGUGGCUCGACGUCCCGCGGGUGUUGCAGUGUUAUUCUGCUUAUAUUCUGACCUGUAUGCAUUGUAAGCCACUAUUCACAAUAACACCGCUCACAACCCUCUGCUCUACCAUCAGAACAGAGUGUUUUUUCCUCCUUGCUCCUGUUUUGUUCACUAUUAUUAUCACCAAGCUGUCGUGUUGCCGUCGACCAACAUCACAUAUUAAGAACAAAAGUAGAGGUGGCAGAUUGUCAGUGUGUUAAAGCCUGUUUAGUUCAUCUUAGAGUAAUAAUUAUGUGGUAAAAGUGGAAUAGAAAGUGUAUAUAAAAAUAGAUAGACCAUGCUUUGUUCCAGAGGUGGUCCCAGUUCCCUUAAAUCUGAGUCCAUUUAAAUUUUCAGUGAGGAUACUCAGAAAUUGUUUGGAGGCCAUCAACUAACUAUUGCAACUCUGAAGUAUUAAUGAUAAUUACACAUGUUUAUUUAACACCUUUCUGGAACUAGUUUUAAGUAAAAUUUCAAGUUAUCUGAAAUAGAAACGGAAUAAAGUUACACAGCGACAUAUACAUGACAUUGUCACGUCGUAAAAAAUGUGUAUCUCUCAUCCAGUCAUGCCUGCGCAACCUCCUGUGAAGGAGCCAGAGGAGGAGAUGGAGGCAGAAGGAGAGUCACAACUCCCUGAAGCCAAUGGAGAGGUGGAGCAAAUAAGAGAAAAUGACAAAGGAGGUGGUGGUGAAGAGGAGACGAUGGAGGAGAGCACGGAGGAGAGAGACAGUGACCUGGAGGAAAGUGAGGAGGAGGAAGAAGAAGAGGAGGAAGAGGAGAGCUCAGGUAAAACCCAAGUCCACUGCCGAAAAGUAAUUUAACUGUAAACGAUAAGAAAGAGGCCUACAGCAUUAAUGUCUCAGUGUUUGACUGCUGUGUCUCUCUCCUCUCUGUGAAGAGAUGGAUGAUGAGGACUGCGAGAGGAGGAGAGGAGAAUGCCUGGAUGAGAUGUCAGAUCUGGAAAAACAGUUUCAGGAACUAAAAGAAAAGUGAGUUAAGAAGAGAGAUGAAGGAACUAAAUACUCUGUCUCUGCCUCUCUGAUGUUCUUUGAAAUCAUCCCUGAGUGACUGCACUUUUAUGUUUGCAGGUUGUUUCGGGAGCGGCUGAACCAGGUGAAGGUGAAGCUGGACGAGGUGCUGACAGGGAAAGCUGGGGAAUACAGAGAACCACUGGCUGCACUACAGAACAGUAUGCAGAUACGCACACAGGUGGCUGGUAAGGAAAACACACUUUUAUUUUGACAUAACAGCAGGUUGAAAUAUACCAAUAAAUUCAAGCAAACUGCAUUCUUUUGGUACUCUCUACAAACUCUCCACAGCUUAUAAACAUUCUUUUAUCAUCAGAGCAUCACACACAAACCUACCAAACAUACAUGUCUAUCACAAAUACCUUUGAUAUGGUGUGUUUGUGAUUUCGUCCACUAUAAAUUAGAUGGAAACAUGCCAGGUUAGUGUAUGUAAUGGAUUAGAAAUCAAUAUCACAAUCAAGUCUGAAAGCAUAGAGUUAUACAGUUAGUGCUUUUGAGCCAAGAUGUGGAGAAAGUAAAUGACUAUUGGCCACAGGAUCAGAUGAUUCUGUUGAAUGCAGGAAUGCUGCAUGUGCUGCUUGGUUGACUGUAAGAAGACGAAGGCAGUCUAACAGUGGGGGGUUGUUGUGGCAUUGUCGCAGAAUCUUUGCAUGCAAGACAAAGUUGCAGCAUUUAUUUUGCAGAGGAUACACUUUUUUCAUGCACCUACAGAAGUCCUUUUUUUUAAAAACUUGUGAUCCUUAAACUCUGUAGCCACAAAUAAUGCUCAGAACAGCACCUAUCUUCACCAACAGUACAUAUAGGGUCCCAGCCAUAGUACUAGCCAUCAAACAUCUUUUUAGCUUUGCCUGAUUUCUUUAGCAAAGAGACUAAACACAACUCACCUACUCUCUUCCAGCAGCCACUCGUUUGUAGCGAGACCUCAGGCCAGCCCAUUACUGACUACAGCGGGGUGACGCAGCUCAAGGAAGAACAUUUAUGAUAAUUUCUUUAUCAUUUCCUUGAAGUAAUAAUCACCAUAUUAAUCAUUUUGCUCUGCAGACGCAGAAGUUCUUCUGUCUUAGCGUCUCGGUCUGAUUGCAUUUCCAUGAAGAAAUGAUCAUAAAUGUUCUCCUUACAGAAGAACUACCACAACUACCACAUCUGCAGUGCAAAAUAAUUAAAAUGGUGAUUAUUACUUCAAGGAAAUGAAAAACAAAUGAUCAUAAAUGUUCUUCCUUGAGCUGCGUCACCCCACCUUAGUCCGUAAUGGACUGUCCUGAGGUCUCACUACAAAGAAGCGGCUGCUGCAAGAGAGUGGGUGAGUUGUGUUUAGUCUCUUUGCUAAAGAAAUCAGGCAAAGUUAAAAAGAUGUUUGAUGGCUAGUGCUAUGGUUGGGACCCUCUAUGUACUGUUGAUGAAGUUAGGUGCUGUUCUGAGUAUUAGUUGUGGCUAUAGAGUGGCGUUUUGUUUGAGGUUUGCUUAUGGCUCCUCAGACUGCUGUGUAUUGCUAUCGUGUGGUCGUUCCUAAAGUUGGUAGAGAAGCAAGCGGUCGGCAACAUUCAUCUCUCGAGGGGGGGUCUAACUCGGUGUUACGGUUUGUUUGACCCUAAAUUAAUUUUACUCCGGAAUAUCCCUUUUAACAGUUAAAUAAAUCAUUUCAGCUUGAUUUGAUCACUGAUGGUUUUUAUCUGCUUGCAAACACAGGGUCAAAACAUCUAAAAAUACCUUCUGUAACAUCCUCUCUGUGUCUCUAACCACAGGCGUGUACAGAGAGUUGUGUCUGCAGGUGAUAAAACACAAACACGAGUGUGAACUACAAGGAGCAAGGCAGCACCUGGAGGUAACACAAAACAGCAAGCAUUAUCCGCACAAGGACGCAUACUCAGGCCGAUGGUUAUAAGUUUGUGUGUGUGUUAUAGAGCGAGCGGACAUUGCUGUUUGAUGCCAUGAAGACAGAACUGCUGGAAAAGAUACGAAGACUGGAGGAGGACAGACAGAAUAUAGACCUCAACUCAGGUAGGGUACUGUCCCUUCGAAUGUUGAUAUCAUUGGAGGUCACCUUUUUUUAUGGGGAGAAAAUUUUACAGGUCUACAAAAUUCUUCAUGCUUGUGCUAACAGAUUUCCUAGUGCAUAAAUACUGUACCGGUCAGCAACAAUGGCCAGUCACACACAUGCUCUGAAUUAUACAUGCAGAACAAUGCAAGGGUUGCAAAGUUGAAAAAACACAUGUAGGCAGAAUUUAUUUUCCUCCAUGUUGUUGUUUGAAGAGCCCAUGUCAGCGGUUGAAACUGACAGCUGACCGUGCGUGUGUUGUCAGCAUGCACGAUGAGAUGAUGUAUAAAAUUAGACUUGAUUCUCAUUUUUGCCUUUUUCAGAAUGGAGCGAUGAAAUGAGGAGCAAGAAGUGCAAAAGGAAGAACCUGCUGGGUCGGUCGGAGAGGAAGAAGAAGAAAGUAGCUCUGGUUUCAGGUGAAACUUGUACCGUUCUCAUUCAUUCCUCUUUUACCUCUGUUUACACUUCGGUGCAUUGUUCAAACUGCCAGUGAAGAAAGUAAAUAAAAAGCCAUAAAAGACUGAAAAAGUCCACAAGCCUAAUCUGAAAGCAACAGUGAACUCACAGAUGUUUUGUCAUCCCGCUCGUCCAUUUCACAGGUCCUUUUAUUGUCUACAUGCUGAGAGACAUCGACAUCCUUGAAGACUGGACUGCUAUCAAGAAGGUAACAUUUCUGCAUUUCGUAACGUUACAACAUACACCUCAACUAAUAAAUGUGUUUGUCUCAUUGGGUCUUUUUGUCUUAUUUAGGCACAAGCAGCUCUCACACCUCUAAAGAAGAAAGUGGAAAGUAAGUCUGCCUGGAUCACUGAUUUCUACAAAGGCACAGUUGGAGUUUUUUUCUCUAAGCAGAUCUUCUCUUGUCUUUCAGAGCGGUGAUAGUAGGAGCAACUUCUCAAAGACCAGUUGCAAAGAAACCAAAACCAAACACACACAUUCCCAGCGACUCCCACUAAAAAAGUUCAGGUUUUGUCUCCCUGACUGAAACUCAACAGACUGUUGUGUUGUUUUUAUCUGCGCCUUUGACCCUGACACCCCAGCACCCCACUGCUUGUUUGUUAUCUAUUGCUAUUUAAAAGAAGUUCUUAAUAAUAUGACAACCAUGUAUUUAUAGAAUGAUUUAUAAUGGUGAUUAAAUUUUAAUCUUUUGUGACACAAAGAUUUUGUAU